AUGGCUGCAUGCGCGGCGAUCGGCGCAGCGAAGGAGGCGCAGGCUGCGUUCGAGGACAUGCUCGCCGUCGGAGUGCAGCCCACCCAUCAGAUUUUCCAUGACAUGCUUCAUGUGAGCCGGGAUGCGGAAUCGUUGGUCCUCAUCAAGAUCAUAAACACAAUGAAGGACCACGGUAUCAGGCCCAACGAGGUUACCUAUGAAAUCCUAGUGAUGCGUUACACCUCAAUGCUCCAGCUGGAGCUUGCCCUGCAGUGUCUAGCACAAAUUCAUGCUGCCGGCUUGUCGCCCACUAUCAAAACUGCACGAGCGGUCAUUCAGUCUGCCAGUGCACUCGGUCUGCCUCGGCUUGCUGUUGACCUAGCAGAAUCUUUUGAGGAAACGUCAAUACGCAGGUUGGAGGCCGAUGCCUGGGUAGACUGCCUCAUCGCGAGUGCUGAAGCACUAUGGGAGGAGGGUGUCCUGCGGACAUGGCAAAAGGUCGUACAUGAACUCAACAUCACUCCCGACGAGGGUCUCUGUAUUCAAGUCCUGCACACUGCCGGUCGACAUGGCCAUUCCACACUUGCUCUUGACGCUUUCCGCGUCCUCGGCCGGAUAGGCGUCAUCUGGCAAGAGUACCACUUCGCGCCUGUAAUCGAAGCGCUCUGCAAACAGACGCGGGUCAAGGACGCGUUGAAGAUGCUCGACAUGAUGCGUAGCCACCAAAUCGCACCAUUGCCCGAGACGGCGAUCCCCAUCUCAGACGUGGUCGCGACCGACUCCGACUCGAUCGACGAGGCAUGGAGCCACCUCGAGGCGCUGCACGAGGAGGGCAAGACGGUGGACACGAGCGCGCUGAACGUCGUGAUCCGCGCCUCCGUCAUGCUCGGGGACCUGCAGCGCGCGAUGGGGACGUACAAGGCCGCGGGCUCGCUCGGCGUCGUGCCGGACGUGGACACGUACAACCUGCUCUUUGCGGGCUGCGUCGCCGCGCAGCACCGCCAGCUCGGCGACCGGCUGCUCACGGAGAUGAAGACGGCGGGCGUGCGCGCGGACGAGCGCACGUACGAGCGCCUCGUCACGCUGUGCCUCACGCAGGCGAACUACGAGGACGCGUUCUUCUACCUCGAGGAGAUGAAGGCCGAGGGCCACGUCCCCCCACACAGCGUGUACGUUGCGCUGAUCCGCAAGUGCGUCUCGCUCGGCGACACGCGUUACAAGCUCGCGGUGGAGGAGAUGCUCGAGUGCGGCUACGAGGUAACGGACGCCCUGAGUCGGUUCAUCAACUCCGGUGGUGAAGAGGACACGCAGGAAGACAGGCCUAUUCACAGGCAGAGUUGGGGCCCAAGGAUUGUGUCGAGGAAACGCGAGGAGUUCCUGAAGGGCAUGGUGGGUUCGCCACAGCUGGAGGCGCCUGAGGAGGCAAGGUCGAGUUGGUCGUCCCAACACUAG